AAUAAAAUGUCGACAAACGUGAGAAGUGUUUUGAAAUUGUCGAUAGCCCUCAGAAAUUUAUGUUCAGCAUCUAAUCGAACCCUGUCACUGAGAUUAUUACACUCGUCCUCCGGUUUGGAUGCCAGGUUCAAUCGGCCUGUCCUCGUCAGUGAACCCAGAAGUUCCCAAAGAGCUCUAGAUGAUUUCGAUCAGCCGCAAAAGCCAAAAACAUUCGCCCAAAAAUUACGUGACUCUCAGCUCCCCGAGGAGAUCUUCCAACUAAUAAAGACCCAAUCCUCUCAAAUGAGCGGUUUCCAGGCCCUGAAAUGUCUGGACAGCCUCUUUGAAAUGGGCAAAGCGAGCACAGACAAAAAUUUCACCACUGGUAUGACCCAAAAUGAGGAAUUCGUCACACUCUGCGAUGUCUUGAAGAAACACAUUCGUCAACUGAGCGCAAAGCAAGCAAUAGAGGCCCUGAAAUGCCUCAUUUACUUCAACGUCUCGUCUACCACCGUAAUCAUCCAGAUGCUCCUGCAGAUGGUGAGAACGUCCAUCAAUCAGCUCACCCUCGAUGAGAUUACUUUCCUGAGUUUCCUCCUGCGUAAAUGCCAGAAGACACCGUUGGUGGAGGCACUGACCAUCGCUCUGCCGAUUGUCUUCGAGACCCAGGUGUCGACUCAGUUGAAUCCUGACAAUCUGGAUUCCCUCGUCAGGGUAUUCCAGUAUCUGAGACAGUCAGGAAUGUCCAGCGAUGUGAUCCCCCGACUUUUAAAUAUCAUCGAAAAAACACCCUCUGAAAAUAUUACACCAGCUCAAGCAAAACAGACACUCUUUUGUCUCCUGGAUUGGGACACCAAAACCGAAGUAGCCCAAAAACUGAUUCCCAGGAUGUUGCAGAACCUCGGGGAGAAGAUUGAGGAGCUAAACCCAGCGGAAUUGGCAGCGGUGUUGCGACGGCUGUCUAACCAUGUCUCUGAUGUGAAAACAAAUUCAGAUAUUUUCUAUCACGAGGGCUUUGCUGACGCUUGUGGUGCGACAGUUAUAUCCAGGAAUCUCGGCUUUGAAAUGGCUUUUGAGGUGACCAAUUUCUAUCACCUUGUGGAUCAUGUGAAUAUCGCUCUACUGGACUACAUGGCUGCCAAGUGCUUCCAGGAUAAGUCGAUUCUCAAGAAUGCUGACAAACACCAAAUAUCGUCGUUUUUGUUGUCUCUGUCCGAAGCUGAAUACAAACCAGUUUUCUGGGACUCCAUUAAGGAGUCCCUCAUGAGUGAAAAACUACUGGAGAUCAACGUAGGAAAAUUGUCCAAAGUCGCUAUGUGGAUGGCGUCACUCGACUUGUACUGGCCAAAGUUAAUCGCCCGGACAUUUACUGGCUUUGAAAUCAGAGGUGAGAAAAGCACUUCCGCGAGGAAGAGACUUCUCCUGCUGUACUACGCGGUGAAGAGUGAAUGCCCUGAGUACAAAGGGCCAUGGAUGGCUGAUCAUGUGAUGAAGUACUGCAAGGAGGUUCCUUGUCUGGACAGGACAGAUUAUCCAUUGAAGGAGGCGAUCGAGUGUUCUCUUGGAGGACCCCAGUAUGUCCUGACCAAGCUCAGGACGAGGUUUGGGUACUAUGUUGAUCACGUGGUGAUUAUGAGGAAAGGGUGGUUUCCAAUUGCUAUUAACAAUGCUGGUGACACUGCCAUUGACAAGCUGGAAGACUUGAGUUCUGUACAAGACGGUCAAGUCCUGAUAUUCCUCAACGUCCCUACCUAUGGACACACCCGUAACACAGAUCGUCUGACUGGCCACUGGUCAUUGUUAAUAAAACAACUCGAGGCAGUAGGAAAGCACACAGUCAUUCCCAUUCACUCGAGAACAUGGCAAAAGCUUUCCGAGCCCGAAAGAAUUCGCUACAUCUCACAAGCAAUUAGACUCAAGUGUGACGAACUCUCAGCAGUUGUUAACUGAAAAGACGAGUGGAUUUAGAACUGAAUGUACAUUACGCGAGAAUAAACAGCUGUUUAUUCCAACAUCUUUGAAGGAAUAAAUGAAGGUUUUAUUUCUUAACAUUUUUAUUAUAUGAAAAUAGUUAUUCUCAACAAUAAACUUACGUUAUCAUUACCUCCAGACAAUAUAGUAAUUUGGAGAUUAAAAAAAAAUAUUGAAUGAGUAUUCUCAAGCACGAGGAGGCCGCCUCUCCUCCAGUCUAAGCUAGGGUCUAACGUCAAUAAAAUCUCCAGACUUUGUCACAUAAAAAUUAUGAUUAAAAUAAUCGUAAAAAUCGUUCGGCGUUCGAAGCCUCGCAGCUGCCUGGUAGGAGCACCAUCUGAAUAUCAGCACCACACUCAGUAAAAACCACUGCCUCUGGCGACUCCAAUUCUCACCAAAUAGUUAUUUCGUUUGAAAAGCUCUUGAUAAAAUCACUGGCUCAAACCAAAGACCUUGAGCGCAUUGAAAGCGGUAGCAAGUGCCACUUCCUCCGGUGAUUUUCGCAUGAAAGCAGCCACCAUCUCCACCACAGCAGGCAGUGCACAUGGCUCAUUCCUCUGGAAGGUGCAGUAUCUGUGCAAAAAUGUCAUCGAUCGUUCGGUCAAUCCGUCCUUGACGUGAAUCGGAAGUUUGCUGGCCCUGGUGUUGGGAUACAUGAAUGGAGCGUCUGUCUCGACCAGAAUUUUGUCCAGUGAUAUGUUGCCACCCUCGAGAAUCUGCCUGACCCCACUGUCGGACUUGUCCUUGCAGAGAUACCCCGUGAUACCCAGGUAGAAGCCCUCGUCCAGGUACAGACGCGCCUCAUCAGCACUUCCGAUGAAUGAGUGAAUCAUCACUGGUGGCAGGCGAUUCUUGUAAUUGGAGAGGACCUCGAGAACGUCCUUUUGAGCUCCUCUCUCGUGAAUCACCAGGGGUUUGUUGAGCCUGCAGGCCAGCUCAAUCUGCUUAUGAAAGACUGAUCUCUGGGUCUCGGGAUCUGAAAAAUCUCGGUUGUAAUCUAGACCGCAUUCACCUAUCGCCACACACUCGGGAUUGUUCGCUAUGCUCUCCAGUUCCUCCAUGGUCUCGUCGUUGUCCCAGGAUUUAGCGUCGUGGGGAUGCACUCCAGCGGUUGAGUACAGGGUCCCUGGGUAGAUCCUGGUGAGACGAAGGGCUUCUUUGCUCGAUCUUAUGCUCGCUCCUGUCACCAUUAUCUUCUGUACUCCAGAGUCCUUUGCUCGCUGGAUCACAGAGUCCAGGUCGCGGCUGUAUUUCUUGUUUGUUAGGUUGGCUCCCACGUCUAUCAGAAUGUAGUUCUCGUAGCACUGACUCAUUGGACACACCUCGGACGUUGUCGUGGUGGAACUACCCGCAUUUUCAGACAUUUUGGAGAGAUUUGUUCAGUUACUGGUCCCUGAAGACGAGAAAAAAAUCAUUGCAGGGUUUAUCAUUUUGACGAGUUGCUGGGAGAAAUAAUGAUUUUAUGGAGCAACCAUUCAUCAGCUGUGGUCAAUAAUUAAUUUCAAGGGAUGUGCCCUUGAAAUAAUUUGGUAAUUUUCAAUGAACAUUGAAUUACUUACUAUACUUUCUGGCACCAAAUGAAUUGUUUAGCUAAAAAUUGAGGUAUCUGUUGAAAAAAUUCAAUGGAAAACCACUGAAAGAUUAAUUACCAAUUACCAAAUAUUUUUUCUGCCACGAGGAAUAAUAAAAAUCAAUGGGAGCUUCACAAAACCGACUCAUCAUCAAUUAAAAAUAACUCCAUUUAAUCUGUGACGAUUAGUUGUUGAUUUGAAAGUUUUAAUCAUGAAAAUUCUGGAGGGUUAACCUAUCAGGGUACCUCCAAAGGGCUGAAUUACCCUGGAAUAAUCUCGAUCCAAUGAAUUUUCAAUAAUAACUACCUUCUAAAAUUCACUUACUUGACAUUUGAAGAAUCGAAGACCGGGCGAGUCUCUCCAAAGUCUGAGUUGGAGGGUAAUUCGUGGAUGUAUGAAACCGUUGAGCUUUUCCACGAUGACUUAACCUCCCAAAUAAAGGUGCCCGGGUGUGUGAGUCAUAUUUUUGACAUUGCAUAACCUCUAGAGAGAGUUCAGCCGGUUGAGAUCGGGUUUUCUCCUUGAAUAGUCCAUAAACAAGAGUUGCUUUCGAAGGAUUUAUCCUGCCCCAGGCUGUUAUCAAUUCCAUAACCAUCAUGAAG